AUGUUAGAUGUAAGACGAUACACAUCUUCUCCAUUGUGUUUAGAGAAUACUGGCAUUGGAAGAUAUAAACUAACCAAAUUUAAUGUUUGUAGAUCUGUAUUUGAAGGUGCCAUUGUAAUGCGAGGAAGAAAAACACAAUUUCCAGAAUGUUUUCCAGUAAUAAUUUCAGCUUCAAUAACAUGUCUAUUAAAAGAUCGACAAACUAAUUUGGUUCCAUUACAAAGACCAUCAGAAGGAGAAAUAUUGCGUAAUAAAAUAAUUGGUGCACCCCCUUGGGAAUUUGUUCAUCCAUUACUGCGAUAUGUUUCAGCAUCAGAAGCUUCAUGGCGAUUAUUUCAUUAUCGAUUGCAUGACAGAAGUCCAGCUGUUGUACACCUCCAAGUUCAUCUUCCAGGACAGCAUAGAGUUAUAUUUCGGGAUGAUGAAUGUUUAGAAAAUGUAGUUGAACGUGCCAAUUCUGAAAAAACAACACUUACAGCAUGGUUCCAAGCUAACACAUUAUAUCCUGAAGCAAGAGAGCUUACUUAUGGAAAUUUUCCUACUCAGUGGGUUUAUAACAAGCAAACCAAUAAAUGGAGUCCAAGGCAACGUGAAAAUGUAAUUGGGCGUAUGUAUUUUGUUUCUCCAAUGGCAGGCGAGCGAUAUUAUUUAAGAAUUUUACUUAAUGUAGUUCGUGGUGCUACUUCUUUUGAAAAUCUCCGCACUGUCAAUGGAGUUUUAUAUAAUACUUUCAAGGAAGCCUGUGCCAUUUUAGGUUUGCUACAGAAUGGUGAAGAAUGGGAUCAAUGUUUAGCAGAAGCUGCUCAGGUACAGACUGGAUCACAACUACGUAAUUUUGAUGAUAUGCGAUUUCAAGUUCAUGAUAAUAUUGAAAAUACUGAUACCCGCAACCAAGCUUUAACCCAUUUGCAAUCAAUUUUAAGUAGGCUUGGAAAAUGUCUUAAAGAUUUUCCUGAUAUGCCCAUACCUGAAGUUCUUUCUGAUUGUGAUCAAGACAAUUAUCUAAUUUGUGAAGAACAAAGCUAUAAUAUUGAAGAGCUUACUCAAAUGGUUGAAAAUGGAAUUCCUCAAUUAAAUACAGAUCAGAAAAUUGCGUUUGAAAAAGUUAUAAUUGCAGUGGAAAAUCAAACCCCUGCUUGUUCUACUUGCAAGAUUCGUUUAGAUGGGCAUAUUGCUCUAGCAAUAGCUUCUUCGGGUAUUGCUGCACUUCUUUUACCAGGUGGCCGAACUGCGCACUCCCGAUUUAGAAUAUCAAUUAAUUUAAAUGAAGAUUCUACCUGUUCCAUCUCUCGUGGCUCUGAUACAGCCUUACUAUUGCAAAGAACAAGUCUUAUCAUAUGGGAUGAAGCUCUAAUGAUGUAUAGAUAUGCAUUUGAAGCUGUAGAGGUUAUGAAACUUAAAAUUAAUAUGCGUCUUCAUUGUACUACUUCUGAUCUCAUUGAGCAAGAUGAAUUUGCUAGAUGGCUCCUUAAAGUUGGUGAAGGUCAUAUUCCUGCUGUUGGAGCUGAGAAAGACAUUAUUCAGCUUCCUGAUGACGUUGUAUAUUCUGAAUUUUCAUCACACACUAAUUCACAAUAUUUAGUUGAGCGUGCAAUUCUUGCCCCUAAGAAUGAUCAGGUUAAUGCUAUUAAUGAUAUAAUCAUGACUCAAUUUCCAGGAGAUGCUGUCGAGUAUCUUAGUGCAGAUAUGGUUGAAGAACAGGCUGAGGCAGAACAUUUGUAUCCUGUUGAAUUUCUUAACUCUCUAACUAUUGGAGGCCUCCCACCUCAUAGGCUCAUAUUAAAACCUGGUGCACACGCAAAAAAAUGGGCUGCCGAGGAGAUUGGGUAUUAA